AUGAAGUUCUCCGCCUCCGUCGUCUGCCUCCUGGCGCCUCUCUCAGCCCUCGCCGCGCCCCUCGAGGAGCGCCAGGCGGCGCAGAGCAUCGACGCCCUCAUCAAGGCCAAGGGCAAGCAGUACUUUGGCACCUGCAGCGACCAGGGCCGUCUGACCUCGGGCAAGAACGCCGACAUCAUCAAGGCCAACUUCGGCCAGGUCACCCCCGAGAACUCGAUGAAGUGGGACCAGAUCGAGCCCAGCCAGGGCCAGUUCAACUGGGCCGGCGCCGACUACCUCGUCAACUUUGCCACGCAGAACAACAAGAAGAUCCGCGGCCACACCCUCGUCUGGCACUCGCAGCUCGCGGGCUGGGUCAACAACGUCCGCGACCGCAAUGCCCUGACCUCGGUCAUUCAGAACCACAUUAGCACCAUCAUGGGGCGAUACAAGGGCAAGAUCCUCCACUGGGACGUCGUCAACGAAAUCUUCAACGAGGACGGCUCCCUCCGCUCCUCCGUCUUCUCCCAGGUCCUCGGCGAGGACUUCGUCGGCAUCGCCUUCCGCGCCGCCCGCGCCGCCGACCCGGCCGCCAAGCUGUACAUCAACGACUACAACCUCGACCAGGCCAGCUACGCCAAGACGCAGGCCAUGGCGCGCAAGGUCAAGGAGUGGAUCGCCCAGGGCAUCCCCAUCGACGGCAUCGGCUCGCAGGCGCACCUGCAGGCGAACCAGGGCGCCAACGCCCUCGGCGCGCUGCAGACCCUCGCCGGCAGCGGCGUCAAGGAGGUCGCCAUCACGGAGCUGGACAUCGUCGGCGCCAGCGCGGCUGAUUACUCGGCGGUGACCAAGGCGUGUUUGCAGGUUAGCCAGUGCGUUGGCAUUACUGUCUGGGGUGUGCGUGACCCCGACAGCUGGAGGGCGCAGAACAACCCGCUCUUGUUCGAUGCCAACUUCAACCCCAAGCCUGCGUACACUGCGGUUGUUCAGGCCCUUCAGUAA